UUCCUUUCGUUUUGUGCCAGCGAGCGUGUUUACAUCACGUUUUCGCAAAUAAAGUUUAAUUUUUUGAAAAAUCAUAGUUAAAAAUUAAAACCUAAACAUGCCGAAAGUGCGAAGUACCUCCGGGGCUCCCCGGAAACAGGGAUUCAAUAGAUCUAAUCACUCUAUGAACCCGGAACGCCCAAAAAGUGGACUAAAAGGAGUCGCACAUCCCCGUACCCAGGGAACAAUCAAGCGUCUGCAAAUGUAUCGUAAUUUCAAGGCAAAGCGUGACCGUACCGGAAAAGUUAUCGUUGCAGCACCCUUUCAGGGUCGCCUCAAGUCUGGAGCCAUGGUUCGGGUAGAACCAACACCGAAGUGGUUCAGUAACUCUCGUGUUAUUUCCCAAAACGCCUUGCAAAAAUUCCAGGAUGAGAUUGGCAAAGCCGUCAAAGAUCCCUAUCAAGUUAUCAUGAAGCCAACAAAUCUUCCCAUUACCUUGCUUAACGAAUCGGCCAAGCAUCAGCGUGUCCAUUUACUUGACACUGAAAGUUUUGACAGUGUCUUCGGACCAAAGAAACAACGCAAAAGGCCAACACUGAAAGUUCGUGAUUUGGAAGAUUUGAGCAGGGCUGCCGACGAACAAGCUGACAAUUACGAUGACACAAAAGACGUGGACCUUGUUCGCGAGGAUACUGGAGUUAAGGACGCUAAAAGAGAUUGGAUCUUUGCCGCUGGUCAAAGUAGACGUAUUUGGAACGAACUUCACAAGGUCGUUGAUGCUUCAGAUGUGUUGUUGCAGGUGCUCGAUGCCCGUGAUCCCAUGGGAACCCGAUCGAAGUACAUAGAAGAGUUCCUACGCAAGGAGAAACCACACAAACACUUGUUCUUCAUUCUCAACAAAGUGGAUCUUGUUCCCGUUUGGGUAACACAGCGUUGGGUUGCGAUUCUCAGCGCUGAAUAUCCCACUAUAGCCUUCCAUGCUUCGAUGCAGCAUCCAUUCGGUAAGGGUGCGUUGAUUAAUCUCUUCCGACAAUUGGGCAAGCUUCACGUGGAUAAGAAGCAGAUAAGUAUUGGAUUCAUUGGAUACCCCAACGUUGGUAAGAGUUCAGUCAUCAAUGCCCUCCGGAACAAGAAAGUCUGUAAUGUAGCCCCAAUUGCUGGAGAGACCAAAGUCUGGCAAUACAUCACGUUGAUGAAGAGAAUCUUCCUGAUCGAUUGUCCGGGUGUGGUUUAUCCCUCGGCUGAGACGGACACAGAAAAGGUGCUCAAGGGUGUGGUGCGUGUUGAACUUGUCACGAACCCCGAGGACUACGUCGAGACGGUGUUGCAGCGAGUCCGCAAGGAGUACAUAAGUAAAACCUACAAAAUUGAUCAAUGGGAGUCAUCCAAGGAUUUCCUCGAACAGUUAUCGAAGAAGAGCGGUAAAUUGUUGAAAGGAGGUGAACCCGACAUAACAGUCACCUCAAGGAUGGUUUUGAACGAUUGGCAACGUGGUAAGCUGCCAUUCUAUGUUGCUCCAGAAGGUUAUGAGAUUCCCAAGUCACAAACCGACAAAAAAUCUGAAGAAGAAGUCAGCCCAGAAACCGCAGACGAUGACGCCAAGUCAGAGAAAACAUUUGUCAGUGAAUCGGUUAAGAAGGCCAAGGAAUUCAAACAACUUCAAGACUUCCGCAAGAUUAAGGUAGGCUUGGAAUUCGAUAAGUCCGAUGUCAAGGAACUCGACAAGAUUGACUUGGAAUUGUUGGAAGCAAGAAAACAAGAACGUUUAGAACGCAAACGAAAGCGACAACAAAAUGAAGAAGAAGAUUCAUCCGAUGGUGCCAGCGAUUUCUAUUCCGAAGAUGAGUACGAUGAAGAUUUGCAGAGAGUUGUACAUAAGAAAUCCAAACCAAAAGAAGUACCAACAGCAAGUGGUACUUUCAAAGAAGAGGACGCCGAUGCUCCAGCUCCAUCGAAGAAACUGAAGAAAAUGACAUCGAAGGAGAAACGUGCCGCCGAGAGGAGUCUUAAGAGAAAGAAGAUCGGAAGUAAUUUCUACGAAGCGACAAAUGUUAAGAACAGAAAUCGAAACAAAAAGAAGGCGUAGACGUCGAGGGGCAGUGCGCGAUGAGCUUUUGAUUUUAGAUUUUCCUUUUUUUUUAUUUGUACGAUUUCGAUUUAAUAAAAUGACUUAAAUAUAAA